AUAUAAGCCUCUGGCAACACCUCAUAUCAGUAAACCCGCCCCUUGCCUGACCGGAGUUUAAAAAAAACGCCCUCACUGCGGGCGUAUUUUUGGUUGUUUGUAGUUAACUCUAGUCAGUGUGGCGCUAGUAGUGGUACCAGUUAGCCGUCUACCAACAGCCCUACCUUACGUUACCUUACUUUACCUCACCUCACUUUUAUCUCACCUCACCUCACCUCACCUCACCUCACCUCACCUCACCACACUUGUUACUUGUGUGUCAUCUGUAACACUGAUAUAUCAACAUCUACAUUCACUACUACUACUACUACUACUACUAAUACACUAAUACUAGUACUGUAGUAUAGUAUUAUACUCCUCGGUACGGUAAUACGGGUAAGGCAAGGAGUUACACACCAGUUGAGACUAUAAGCGAGAUAGAACACAAGUGCUACCGCGUUACACGCCAACCCGUGAUCAACUCGACAACGCCUGCGUCUCUUUCUACAAUCACUACUACAACAACAACAACAACAACAACAACAACAACAACAACUACUACUACUACUACUACUACUACUACUACUACUACUACUAUCUACCUCCCAACCAACUCCCGAGCAACUCUAUGCCACCAGCCAGAGAGGUACAUACUUCCUUACUAAUACAACAUCUAACUCAGUUUAGUCGCGAUAUUCUAUUCCCGAGUUUCUAUUUGGCAAUACCGCGACACCCUAUCCCAAUACACAUAUUAUGUUAAAAAAAAAUAUUGUUUGUAAAAAAAGUGUUAAAAUUAGAUAUAAAUAAUAUUAAGUGCCCUAACAAUUUACUCUCACUACUUAACUCGUACUACUGGUUAGUAUUUAAUUUUUGGUCCUUAGACCAGAGCGUGCUGCUGGUAUUGCUGCUGUUGCUGUUGGUGCUGCUGGUGGUACUACCCUUCCCUCUCCCCCAGCUCCUUCCUCUUUCCCCAGUGGUGUACCCCUGAAAGAGCCUGUAACAGCCUGUAGCAGCCAGUGGUCUGCCCCACUCUCUGAUUUAAAAUCAGGCACGGGCGACAAUCGCGGUCUUCGUUCCACUCAUUCACUAGAUACAGAUGCGGAGCCUUCGAAACCGGAUUUCAUCGAAAAGAAGACGACGAUUCGCCGGUGGAUAGUCGCGACCGAUGAUAGCUGGCGCGUCGAUCGGAUAUACGCCGGACAGAUUAUCGUCCAGUUAGUGUCGAUUCUUUUAAUACCUAACACACUUUACCGGAUUACGUGGAUUUUGUUAAUAAUUUACUUUUUUUUUUAUUUUUUUUUUAAAUAAUUAUUAUUGUUGCUAUUACAAGUGAACCAGUGAUGUGGAAUUUUUUUUAUUUUUUUUUCUUUUUAUAUUGUUAAAUAAUAUAAAAAUUCAGUGAUAUAUAAAAGUUUUUUUCCUGUGAUAAUAUUUUGGAUACACAAUAUAUAUUAAAAAAAAAAAAAAAAAAAAAUACGUUUAAUUAAAAAAAAAAUUAUUAUUAUUUUUUUUUUUUAUGGAACAUGGCGAUAUGGCUUUUAUUAAAAAGUGAGUGAGAGUGAAUAAACAGAGGGUGAUUGGGGUAAUUAAAAAUGAUUGCGUAGCAAAUUACGACAAUCACGGCCCUCAGUGGCCGACACAACAUGUCACAGUUCUCUUACCGUGGAUCGCCUAAUUUGCAGUACGAGUUCUCGGCAUUUCCGGUGCUCAGAUUUCAGGCUCUACUCAAAAUCAUCCCAUACAAUUGUCCCGUAACAGUAAGUGGAGCAUUAGCGUCAUCUUCACCCUCUCCAGCUUCAGGGUCUCUGUUGACCGGUAGUGGAGUUUCAUCAACCGGUGGAAGCGAAAACCACCCCUUGACGUCACCUCUGUCGAGCGUAGCGAGGAUGGCUGUAACCAGCGCAAUAAUCCGACCAGCAGCCGGGAGUCCAACGAGCUCGGUUAGUCCCUCGUCUCAGCAUCAGCAUCAGCAGCAGCAGCAGCAGCAGCCGCAUGGACCUCCGCCGUCGGGGCCACCGAGUGGUCGGUGUUGUGACACUGGUCGUCCUAUUUUUACCGACCCGGUGACUGGCCAAUCAAUCUGCUCCUGUCAGUACGAGCUUUUGGGCGCAGGGUACCAGCGUCUCGGUGGAAUCACACCUGCGGCUCUUUCGAUGUACAGCACACCGUAUGCCGCAGCAGCCGCAGCAGUAGCCUCCGAGGGUAUGGCCGCAUACUUUCCAGCUCUUGGGGCCGAACAAACUCCUUUUUAUUCUCCUACCGCAGCAGGUUUGGAUUUAAAAGAGAAUCUAAGCGCGGGUGCAGCGGGUUGGCCAUAUCCAGCAGUAUAUCAUCCUUACGAUGCAGCAGCAUUUGCCAGUUAUCCCUUCAACGGUUAUGGAAUGGAUUUAAAUGGCGCAAGACGAAAAAAUGCAACUCGGGAAACAACAAGCACCUUAAAAGCCUGGUUAAACGAGCAUAAAAAGAAUCCAUACCCGACCAAGGGUGAGAAAAUAAUGCUUGCAAUUAUUACCAAGAUGACAUUGACUCAGGUAUCUACGUGGUUUGCUAAUGCCAGGAGAAGACUCAAGAAGGAAAAUAAGAUGACCUGGGAGCCAAGAAAUAGAGUCGAAGAUGAGGAUAACAACAAUGAUGAUGAUGACAGUGGUCGCAAGAGUGUCGACGACAAAGACCGACUUGAUUCAAAAGAUUCAGGCACGGGGUCGUCUGAAGACGGAGAACGUCCAACCAAUCGUCUGGAUCUGUUGCAUCCGUCGACGGGAAGUGGCCUCCAGAGUAGAAUCCAGGAGAGCGAGUGGUCAGAGUCCCGCGCGGACAGUGGCCCCGACAGCCCCGAGUGUCUCUACGACCAGCGAGAGCCUCCCCGACACCCGCUCCAGCUUCAGCAUCCAGCGUAUCUGGCCGCGCAUAAUCGGCUGCUGAGGCACCCCUCGCCUGAAAGCACCUCGCCGACGGGUCCCAUUCAUCUUCCGACCUCGACAAGUACCUCCAGCGCAAACUCCACGGAGAACAGCACCAAACCGAGGAUCUGGUCCCUUGCGGACAUGGCCAGCAAGGACGCGGACAGUCCGAUUCCACCAACGCCACCCUCCAGUGGGACGUUAACUGGCCUCGGAAGUCCCUACCAGAAUUCCCCCGGGGGCGGAAAGAUCGUGAGUCCUCUCGCAAAUAGAUUUCCUCCGCACCACCAUAUCCACCCGGCGAUUUCAGGGUCCCAGUACGUCAGGCCUCACCCAGACUUUUAUCGUAACUUUUACGGUGCAGCCUCCCAGCUCGGCUCCGGAGACAUGGCCUUUUUGGAGAGCUACUCGAGAAGUCUAGGAGGCUUGGGACUUGCUCCGAAUUCAGUACCUGCAGGCAUUCUCACUUCCACGCCGCCUGCCGUAUCCACCAGUAUCACUGUCAAACCCUUUCCCCUCAAUGGCAGUACUAGUAAUAGUAAUAAUAACAAUAAUAAUAAUACUAAUACAAAUAGUAGUAAUAAUAAUAAUAAUAAUAGUAAUAAUAAUAACAUCAGUGGGGGACUGAUGACACCGUCGGAAGUAUCGCCAUCGUCAUCAGUGUCCUCGCACUCGGAGCAAAGAUCGCCACACCCCAGCGAGCCCGGGAAUAAAUCCCCGCGAGUGUGAUCGAGGUCUGAGGCAGCCUCUGAGGCUGAAUGAUCGUUUAAAUAAACGAUUGUCACCCGACAAUAAGCAGACUAAUGUCUUGUAAUUAGUGUACAGUUUUAAGAGAUAUAAUAUUGUCAUCUGAUGGAUCAUGUUAAUUAAUAAUAUUUUGUUAAUUUCCCAACAAUAAUUAUGCAGACUAAAAUACUUUUGGCCACAAUUAACCAUUAUUUACUUUUUUUUUUUUAAACCAAAAAUCCAUUAAACAAGAAAAAGAAUAAUAUAAUUAUUUUUAAUUUUUGGAUUUUUUGUUAUUUAAAGCUCUAAGCAGUUUGUUUAUUAAAAAUAGAUAAAAAAAGGAAAGAAAAGAAAAGAAUCUGCAUAAUUAUCACGCAUCCGAUAGCUUUUUUGACUGAACCGAUUUAACUAUAACCGACCUAAAUAAUUAAAUAAUAAAUAUAUAAAUAUAUAGUAUAAAUAAAAAUUGCGUUAGAUAAGAUUGAUAAUUAUAUAAAUAUAGAAUAUAUAUUAUAUAUAUAUAUAUAUGAAUUAAUAACAAUACUUAUUAUUUAUGUAUUUGUACAUAGUAGUUGAAAGGGAUUGACUUAAAGCCCAGCCAAAAAACUAAAUAAAAUGUAUGUAAUGUAUGUAGUGUAGAUGCGUAUUAUUAUUUUAAUUAUUAUGAUUUUUAUUAUUUUAUUAUAUAUAUUAUAUUAUAUUAUAUUGAUAAUGAAUUAUGAAUUUAUUGAAAAUAAAAAAAAGGACAAUGUAAUUUGUGCAAAUAAUAACUAAAACGAGUGUGACACGAUGAGGAUCGACGAUUAUUGUUAUUGCCAUCAUUUUAAAUGAAUAAAUAAAUUUUCGCAUCA